AUGGAAUCUACGAUACUAUUCAACGCCACCAACUCUAUAGGACCCAUUUUCGAGAUGACAUACACGCCUAAAGACGGAACAUUCCACACGGACAACGACGGAUUCGAAAACGCCUCAGACUAUAUAAUCAGAAACGAGCCAAUGUCGAUAAUCGUAAACACAGGAAACACGGCCGUACGAAGUGUAACCUGUGUAAAAUCAAACACAAAGAUAUACAACGAAGCGACCGUUGACAAUAUUACAAUCCGAAGACUGUAUACGAACGCACAACAAUAUUUCAUGGGAAGCAUAGGCGUCGGAAUAAUACAGCUAUUGAACAAGGACGGCAGUCUGGAGGACGUAAUACUAAACAUAAUUGUGGAAACCACAAUAGACAUUGAGUGUAUAUCGCACGGAACUAACCUGUUGAUGGGCAAAUACAGCAGAGUUCAACCAAAUACAUUAUUCACGGGAUUGGCCAUAGACAAGUACAAUUGGAACAAUAGAUAUACUGUGGCCGGAGCACCAGUAGUAGAUGCAGGUGACGUAGUACACGUGGCAAUAGAAGAGCGACCACCGACUCCUCUAGAGCCUCAGCAACCUCAACCACCACCGCCUGAUCGAGAACAACAACCGCAACCUCAACCUCAACCUGGACCAUCAAGAGCAGGAAAACGAAAAAAAGAAGAACACCCCGAAGCCAAAGCGUCAUCGUCAAAACAACAAAAACAAGCAUGGUACAGUGACGGAGAACAUGUAGUAAUAAACAAAGAGAGAGUAAUAUAUGUAAAAGCGGAAAAAAUACCAGGUAAAAAAAUAAUAACUUCAAACAUGUCAGACGAAGAGAAAUUAGCAAUAGCUGAAGAAAAUGAACGUAUAAGACAAGCAGGCACUACAAUUGGCAGAAACAGAAACAUUAAAAAAGAUAUAUUUAACGGGGAAAUUUUUAAACUUGGGUAUACCGGAACAAGGAUACUACGAUAA